AUGCGUGAUUGGCGAUUUAGUAAAAAAACACGUCCAAAAGUAUCUGCGCCAUGGAAAAAAUUAAGGCAUAAUUUGAAAAAUUUACAUUCUAAAAAUACUAGAAUCUUAGAGAACAACGAUAUUCAGAUUUUAGAUCAUUCUAAUAUAUCAAAUGAAAAUGAUGAAGGAAAUAAUGAUGGAAUUGAUAGCAGAAAAAAUACGGAUGAUGCAGUCGAUGCAGAUAUGUCACAUAUAAAUAGUAAUAUAUUUCAUUCUACGUACAGAUUAGUAGUAUCAGAUAAACAUGAUAAAAACGCAGAAGAAUAUGUAUUACAAGGCAGAAGGAUAGUUGAUAUAGCAUAUUAUUUAUUCAAGGCAAUUCAAAGUAUACGACACAAUAAGUUUGACUGUACAUUUUCUAACUUGCAAAUCAUAAAUGAAAAAAAAAUGGAUUUCUUAGCACAUUUGUUUUUAAAUGUAACAUGUGUGGUGCGAUAGAAAAUAUUUAUUCAGAAGAUCCCGAACGAAAAGGAUUCAAUAUAAAUACAGCGGUUACCUCUGCCAUAUUAAACACGGGACAAAGAUAUUCCCAAUUGGAAGAGUUUUGUGGUAUACUUGAUAUGUAUUGUAUGUCAUUUCCUACUUAUCAAAAUAUUCAUGAGGAAGUUAGUCAAAAUAUAUUUAGUGUAAGUUUGGAAGAGAUGAAAAAAGCUGGACAAGAGGAAUCAAAAAUUGCAAUUGAAAACGGAGACGUAGAUGAACAAGGUCGUCCUUUGAUAACCGUAAUUGCAGAUGGGGCGUGGUUAAAAAGAUCAUAUAAAAGCAAUUAUAAUGCU